GUGUUGAGAUUUUUGAAGGGUUUUAGCUCUCUCUUUCUUCACCAGAAAACCCUUUCACUUCUAAAGCGACUUUCAGAGCUUCCCAUUUUUUCCCAUGGCAGUAUCAAUCUGAAAUGAAUAUCAUCAAUCCAAACCCUAACCCUAAUAUCCCAAAAUCUCCACCAUGAAACCCCCUUUUCCAAGACCCAUUUUUACAAGAUCUCUCUUCGCUAACAUUGUUACUACUAAUACUACUACUACAAACCCAAGAACCUGCUUUCAAAUCGCUCAUUUCAGCAACAAUUUUCAAAAUAAAGGUCAAUCUUCUUACCCAUAUCGGCGUCAUGAAGAGGAGAGCCGUAAUGUGAAGGUAUCAGUGUGGUGGGAUUUCGAAAAUUGCUCUCCCCCAGUUGGUGUUAAUGUUUUCAAGAUUGCACAGAGUAUUACUGCUGCUAUUAGGGAAAAUGGGAUUAAGGGUCCUAUAAAUAUUACUGCUUUUGGUGAUGUAUUGCAGCUGUCUAGGAUGAAUCAGGAAGCGCUUUCCUCUACUGGGAUUAAUCUCGUUCAUAUUCCUCAUGGUGGAAAGAACAGUGCUGACAGGUCUCUCCUUGUUGAUCUGAUGUAUUGGGUUUCUCAAAAUCCUCCACCAGCACACCUCUUAUUAAUUUCAGGUGACAGGGAUUUUGCUGGAAUAUUACACAGGCUGAGAAUGAACAACUACAACAUUCUUCUAGCCAGUCCAGGAAGUGCUCCUAGCGUACUUUGCAGUGCAGCUAGUAUCAUGUGGCAAUGGAAUGCAUUACUGAAGGGUGAAAAUCUUAUAGGAAAGCAUUUUAACCAGCCGCCAGAUGGUCCCUAUGGUUCUUGGUAUGGGCACUACAAGGCGCCUCUUGAUGACCCUUUUGCAGUUACAGAACAACCCACAAAUCUUCGUUCUGAGGAAGUGCCCAAAGCUGUUUCAGAUCAAAAAUUUCGGCCCAUUCCGAGGUCAAUAGUGAGGCAUAUCCGUAAUAUUUUGAAUUCUUACCCCAAAGGAGUUUCUAUUACAGAACUUCGCGCAGAAUUAGCAAGAAGUAAUUUGAAUAUAGACAAAGAAUAUUACGGAUAUAAGAAGUUCUCUCAUUUUCUUUUAGCCAUGCCAAGUAUUUUAAGGCUCCAGCUUGUAAGUGAUGGGAAUUAUUUGGCGCGUACUGUCAACCCUAAAGUUCCUGAACAGGGUGACAAUUCAGGCAUAAGUGUAGAGCCUGAAACUAACGGAGAGGCAAAAUUUGCUAGUUAUCCUAUAUUGAAUGGUGAGACAGGCAGUUGUAUUGAGGGAAAGAAUGAGAAUCCGUUGCUACCUCAAUCCUCUGAACAAAAAGUGAAAACAUCCCUAAGAAAAUUGCAGGGACCCCAGAGAGCAAAAGAGGCAUUUAAAGUUCCUGAACAGGGUGACAAUUCGGGCACAAGUGUAGAGCCUGAAAAUAACGGAGAGGCAGAAUUUGCUAGUUAUCCUAUAUUGAAUGGUGAGACAGGCAGUUGUAUUGAGGGAAAGAAUGAGAAUCCGUUGCUACCUCAAUCCUCUGAACAAAAAGUGAAAACAUCCCUAAGAAAAUUGCAGGGACCCCAGAGAGCAAAAGAGGCAUUUACAGAAGUUCACCAUCCCCCACCUAAGAAUGUGGUUGCUAAAGCAAGUGAGGGUCCAUUGCAGACUGCAGAGCAGCAUGGUUCUGCACCUGAAAUGGGCUUUUUAAAAAGGUUAUGGAAUAGGUGGUUUGGGAACAAGGAGACUACUUCUGGGGAAAUGAUCUUAAAUGAAAAGUCAAAAACUGCUGAAAAGGAUGUAGAAUUAAAGAGUCAGUCUGAGCAUUCGGAGGGUUUCCCUUCUUUUGCUUCUGGUAAUAACACCAGUUCCAAAGAUUUAUUCUCUAUGCAUUCUGAGGAUACAACGGAGAAGUGUAACCAGGAGUCCAACCUUCUUAACAAUAUUAAGAAUUGGUGUAGAUCUUGGAGAAGUUCCAAUCUCUUGGAUGAAACAGGCUUAGAAUCCCACGAAGAAUUCAAGAAGACAGAACUUUGUCCUGAGACAGAGGGAUUAUUUUCUAAGGAAUCCUUUUGGAGAGACCUGGGAUCAUUCUUAAUUUCUAGCCAUGGUUCAGUGCUUGUCUUGCAAUCAAGAACUAGGGCCAAGAUGGCGCAGAAUCUCCAACAAGAAGGUCCUUCGUUUCUGAAUUCUCUUAGUGAAGGUGAUGCUCUUCGUUUGGUAGACUUGCUAAUCUCAGAUAAGAAAUGGGUGGAUGAAUGUCUUACCCUAACAUUCCCUUACAAACUCAUUCAGCCAGCUGUCAAAGCUUCAAUGAACAGUAAUUCUUCCAGUUCGAAUGGGUUGAGUUCUGUGUUUAGGAAUACGAAGGAUACAACUAAUGUGCAAAGCUCACAAAAACUUGAUGGCGAGAGAAGACACCAAAAUCCCCCUCACACAGGAGUUUCUCGACCGGUCAUUCAGGGCAGUUAUUUUGGUAAGUCCAGAAAUGAGGUGCUUACUGACUGUCAGAAGCUGGUGGAUGACAUUGUAAAGCAAUAUCCAGAAGGAUUCGACAUGAAAUCUUUCAGGUCUCUAUUCCGUGAAAGGUAUGGAUAUAAACUGGAUGUAAAUAAGAUUGGCUACACUAAGUUAAGUCAUCUUCUUCAGAUAAUACCUGGGAUAAAAAUAGAGUCUACUUACAUUGUUCCAUCUGCUAAAGUCCCCACAAGUCCAGGUCUAAAAACAGAUGAGCCGUCUGAUCAAGAAAGUGAUCUCAGUGGUACUGAAACCAAUUUAUACAGCGAAUCAUCAAGUUUGCCUGCUAAAGAUAACGAGUUUGAUUCCUGUUGGGAGGAACUAGGUCCAGUGUCUAAGGCAGGCCCUUCCAAGAAUAAAAUAAAACUGGGGUCUGAUGGAGAAGCCAAAGAUGAAUCAAGUAAACUAACACAUGGCAAAUAUGAAGCCCCAUUAGAUCUUGAUUUCUCUGAUUCUGAUGAGGACACCUCAUCAUCCACAAAACUGGACAAUGGGAAGUCGAAAAUGAAGGAGGAAGAUAGCUCAUUGUUACAGAUUCUUGAUUCAUGGUACAGUGGAAAGGAUGACUCAGAAAAUGUUGAUGACAUGGUAAAAUCUUCAUCCGAUGGUUCAAAAUUAGAUACUGAAGUAUCAGUUGACCAAAUGGAGAACCAUCCCACUGGGAGAAGGCAGAAGACUUAUUCAUUUGUGAUAGACCAACCUGUGGAUACUAAGGAUAAGUUGAUUGAUGGUAUAUUGGGUAGCUUAAAGAAGUCAGGCGAGAAGUCGCCUGAGACGAGGGUGUAGGUCUGGCUUCUUUUACAUCAAUUUAUAGGAUAGGUAGUUAGCAAAUAGCGCACACAUUGUGCUACACAUUGCUAAUAUUUUGCCAUUUAUCUAUAAUUAUAGUAGGCUAGUAUAUCCAAGAAUUUUUUAGUAGAGAGGUUUCUAUUGUUUUCUCUACUCUUAUUUACUAUGUUUAGUUAGGUCUUAUAAUGGUGAUAACACUAUGUCAA